UGAAAACUUUCGCGUCAAGAUGACGAAUAUACCUCCACCACCACAUGAGACUGUUGCUUUAGGAGUUGAUCACUUCGCUUAUGAACAACUUACAGUCGGAAUACUAAGAGAUGCGGUGUUGGAGUUUGUCACCAUCCAGAAACUGUGGUUACCACUGGAACCACGAAUAAACGAGUUUCGUUGGGCACUAAAAAGUACGCUUCUCGGCAAACCAUCCUGGAGAGUUAAUCUGAACAGAUGGUGUCCGUUUUGGUUCAGUUUCAACACCUAUGAGUUAUGGGAUCCGAACAGCAAAAAACCUCUGCGUGUACUUCAUACUGACGAAACUUUAUCUGAUCUUUUGAUCGAGCAUACAAAAGCACCAAGAAGAGUCUUUUUCUUUGUGGAGGAGUUGAAAACCCAACUUCAGUGGAAGCCAAAGAUUUCUUACAAAGAUAAUAUGUUGAAAACAAACUAUCGAGAUAGGAAUACAACAAACUCUGACAAGAAAGCGGACGAAGAAAAAAUGCUGAUGACGCUGUCCAACUGGGACAGCUGCUCUGAUACAAAAUGCCAAAUGCAAUGGAAACAAUCACCUAUUCAAAGUCUUUCUUUUGUGACUUGCUUUAGUUACCCUGUUCUAGUGCCAAUAGUUCUACCAGUUUACACUGUCUUUGGGGUAAAUACCGGUGGCUUAGACCCACUAAGAUAUGGAGCAACUCCCGAAAACAGUCAGUCAUAACACAACCAAGUAUCUGUGUGCAAGUCUUCCUGAGGAUUUACGUUAUCUAUUCUGUUUGAUUACGUGAAUGAAAAUGUUUCAAUACGUGCCCUAACUGUGGGCUCUUUGUUUUUCUAUUUCUCUGACUAUCAACAUCUCUCUUUCAAACAGCACAUUUAUCCAAACCUGAUUCUUUACCUAUCUAUCUGUCUUGAAAUAAGGUUUUAAGAAACCAAGUAAUGAAUAGUCUGGUCUCUUUCUAAAAAAACUCAUUCUAACACUAAACUUAUUGUUGUUGCUUCGGUUAGAUGUGUUGGAAAAACUUAGGAAAUUGUUACCAUUUCCACUCAGAAUAUCCCAGACUCACAAGAUUUCCAAAAUGAUGAUGAGAAACGUUGUUGCAAUAUCACACUGGACUCUAGUUUGUUCGAGACAGCACAUGUAAUAUUAUCAAGCAACAUGUGCUAUAAAUACUAAAGGAGUGCUGUGACCAAAGACUUGCCUAUUUGCUUUGGAAUAUGGGACUUUUUUCAGCUUCCGAAGAAAAUGGCCUUGUUUCGAAAGCAGCAAAUCAUUGCAAAGUAGAAGGGUGUUGAUCAAGUCAAAAACUCUUUUUUUAAGGAUUCAAUAACUUUUGGAUGCAGCUUUUUUGCUGCUUAACUCGGAGUCUCUGAUUUGUUGUUCUGUGUCCAGCUAGUAGAUAUGAUCUCAUUUGUAU